AUGGUUGUUGUGGUGCUUAUAAUGGUUGUGGUUGUGGAUCUAAUGGUGAUUGUGGUUGUGGUGGCGGCUGGGUUGGCAGUUGUUGUAUUGGUGGUGGUGACGGUGAUGGUGGUGGUUGUGAGGGUGGCGGCAGUGGUGAUGGUUGUGGUGGUGGCAGCGGCGACAGCGGUAGUGGUAGUGGCGGCGAUGGUGAUGGUGCUUGUUUUGGUGGUAGUGGUGGUAGUUAUGGUUGUGGUUAUGGUGGUAGCGGUGGUGGUGGUGGCGGUGUCGCUAACGGUGGCGGUGGUUGUAGUGCUAAUGAUUGUGGUGGUGGUGGUGGUUGGCGGCGGCGAUGACAGUGGUGGUGGUGGUAGUGGCGACGGUGGUGGUGGGGGUUUUCGUGGUGGUGGUGGCACUAGUGGUGGUGACGACUACAGUGGUUGUGGUUGGUGUCGUGGUGGAGGCGGUGGUGAUGUUGGUGGCGGUGGCAGCAGCGACAGCGGUUGUGCUGGUGCCGGUGGUUGUAGUUGCGGCGGUGGCAAUGGUUCUGGUGGUGGUGGCAACAACGGUGGUUAUGGUGGUGGUGGCGGUGACGGUGGUGGGGGUGGUGGUCGAGGUCGUGGUGGUCGUGGUAUUAGGGGUGAUGGCGGUAGUGCUAACGGUGGUGGCGACGGUGGCGGCAGUGGCUGCUCUGCUGGUGGUGCUAGUAAUAGCGGUUGUGGUGGUAAUGGACUUAGUGGUGGUGGUAGUGUGGAGGUAGUUGUGGUGGAGGUUGUUGUGGUGGUGGUUAUGGUGGUGGUUAUGGUGGUUGAUGGCAAAACAACUAAAAAAUUGCUCUAG